AUGUCAAGGGGGUUUUACUUCGGCACGGCGGCUUUCAUUCCCCGGCUGCUCAAGCAGGCGGAGGGUGGUGUCAUGUUGAAUAUAGCUUCCGUUGGAGCAACUCGACCUCGACCGGGUCUUGUUUGGUAUAAUGCUUCGAAGGGAGCGGUUUGGAAUGCUACCAAGGGUCUCGCUGCCGAGUAUGGAAAGCAUCAGAUCCGGGUCAACUCGGUGUGCCCGCUUCUUGGAGCGACAGGCUUAUUCGAGUCAUUUUCUGGUCUUCCAGACACCCCGGAAAAUCGAGCACAGUUCAUUUCGAAUGUGCCUCUCCAGCGGCUUUGUGAAGCCUCGGACGUUUCCAACGCGUGUUUAUUCCUUGCGUCCGACGAGGCCAAGUUUAUUACUGGAAUCAACUUGGAAGUGGAUGGCGGAAGAGCUGUGCUGUAA